GAAUUUUUAUCAGGCAAAAAAUGGCUUCCUGUCUCAUCUCCUCGCCCCACUGUCUGAGGGACUGAAAAGAGCUACAAACGUCGCUCUCUCAUUUUUGCCGACACCCGGGCGUAAUUUGCAGACAUGUCAGUUGAUGGCGAUUCGACAUUAACGGUUUCCCGCGGAGUAUUUUAUAUCGACUGAGAAAAUGAUGCAUCAAGUGACCUGUAGCAGCAGCGGCAGUACCAGCGACUACUGCAUGAGUGGACCUGCAGAGGACUGUCACCCUGCUAGCUGUUUUGAUUUAUGCAGCCUCCAAUCUAACAAGUUCUACCCAACAAACUCCGGCUUGCACCUUUCACUUGCAGGCUUGGCGCCUUUGCCGCAAAACAUUCACAAAGUAACAUCAGGUCAAUUCCACGACACUCAGAACCCCUUUCAGCUUCAGCCGAUAAGAAGCAAUAACGGGGUGUCUGCGGCGGGCCCGAAGAAAAACACAACCAAAGUCAAGUCAGGAAAAAGAGGAAGACCUCUGGGGACCACAAAGUUAGCAGGCUACCGUACAAGUACCGGACGUCCACCCGGAACCACAAGAGCGGCUGGGUUUAAAACCAGUCCGGGAAGACCCGUGGGUACUACCAAAGCAGCGGGGUAUAAGGUGAGUCCCGGCAGGCCCCCUGGUAGUGUCAAGAGCCCGGCUCGGCUCAAGGGGCAGGAAACCGGGGGUGGUGAUGCUUCCAAGAAACUAGACUUCGGCAUCUGCACUAAUCCGCCCAAACUGGAAUUCACCGGAUGUGAUGUUACCCUGCUUGACUAUUCCAUGAUGGACAAGAGAGACUUGUGUGAGCCUCUUGUCAAAGCGGAUGAAACCAACUGAAAGGUGAUACUUUCUUUUCGCGUACUGACCAUUGUCACUGUGCAGUGCGGUGGCCGAUACUACACAUAUCGGUAUUGAUUCGAUACCAAGUAAAUACAGUAUAGUCGCGAUACUGAUGCUUUUUACUUGGACGCUCAUCAUUGAGUGAUUUUACAAUUUAUACCUUAAUGGUGAUUAGAAUCAGAAUAAGACACAAGAUCAGUAUCGAUCCAAUCACAGCUAGGAGACAAGGGUUCAAUUCCACCCUCGGCCAUCUCUGUGUGGAGUUUGCAUGUUCUCCCCGUGCAUGCGUGGGUUUUCUCCGGGUACUCCGGUUUCCUCCCACAUUCCAAAAACAUGCUAGGUUAAUUAGCGACUCCAAAUUGUCCAUAGGUAUGAAUGUGAGUGUGAACGGUCGUUUGUCUAUAUGUGCCCUGUGAUUGGCUGGCCACCAGUCCAGGGUUGUACCCCGCCUCUUGCUCAAAGACAGCUGGGAUAGGCUCCAGCACCUCCCACGACCCCCAUGAGGAAAAGCUGUAGAAAAUGAAUGAAUAAAUGAAUGGAUCGAACUACCCACCUCUACUGUGCAGUCUUGUGGAUAUGACCAAAUUCCCACUAACAUGCGCAUUGCAGCAUGUUAUUGUUCAAUAUCGUUCCUCAUACACACAUUGGACCAAUCUCUUAUACAGAUCUUUCCAUGUAUACAUGUUUUACUAAAUCACCCAUCCGUUAUAGUAUGUGAAUGUGUGCUUACUGUUUCUCUGUGUUAUCCCAUGUCAUAAAAUACUACGCAAUUCAGUUCAUUCUAGAGUGACGUUUGAGGUGGCUCGGACAUCUAAGGACACGUUGGACUCAGUUGGACCUGAGACUGCAGAAGAAAAUGCAUGGAGGAAUCAAACAUUUGUAAAAAAAUAAAGUUUUGUUUUUUUACGCCAAGCUCACAUUAAACUGCAUUAUAAUAUUUUGACUGAUUCAGAAUAGAGUACAUUAAUAGUACAUUAUCAUAUUGGUGUUCUUGUUGUUUUGUUAGCUUGAACCUGCGUUAAAACACACUCUUGAAUAUGGACGUCAUUAUGUGUAAUCACUUACAUUAAUCUGUUAUUGCAUUAUAUUGAAAAUAAAUUUUAAAAAAACGUGGAUUUGCAUUUUAUGUGUGUGGGUUGUUUGUGGGCUUCUCCCACACCCCAAAAUGUUAGCAUGUUAGCU